ACUCUAUGUUCAGACUUCAGAACUAAUAAACGUCAAACGUGAAAUCUGAGGAUUGUGUUAUGUUACAAUUAAGAACUACGAAAUUGUUUUGAUAUGAAUUAUGCAAUUAUACUACGAUUAUAGUGCGUGAUUUCGAUCGCAUCGUUUAUCAAAUAAUGUCAAACGAAACAGAUCUGUUUAUAUCAGUUCCUCGGUCAUGUUUAAACGAAUUUUAUAGCAAAUAUCUUAAUUUAGUGGAAACUUUUUACUAUGUUACGCUUUCUGAAAAGAAAUCGGGAAGUACAAAAGUGAAACCAGAAUUUGUGAGUUUUAAAAUUAUAUUUAAUUUAAGCCCUGUGGAUGGUAACUUCAAUCCGAGAGAACUUGUCGACAGAAUACAGAAAUAUGUGGAGUCAUCACUGGGAUGGGCAGGAGAGCGCGGAGAGGACUCGAGCUACGACUCUGAGUGCGACGAUGACGGAGGACAUCGCACCGCCUCACGCACACCCUCCGACACUCUCGCUGCGGAGUUCGCGGAGUAUGUCACCCACGCACCACCUCCGCCAAAUCAGGCUAAGAUCGAGUUUGCGGUAAAGCUGGGUUACUCUGAAAGACUUGCUCGGACGGCGUUACAGCGAUUAGGACCAGACCCGCCUCGUAAUGAGUUGCUGGCGGAACUUAUCAAGCUCGCCUCGAAAAGGCCGCCUCGAAUGCCUUCUCCACCACCUCCAACAGAACCCGACCCGCCAUUUGAACGCGCACCUUUAAGACCGAUAGUAAUAGACGGAAGCAACGUUGCCAUGAGCCAUGGUAACAAAGAAGUGUUCUCGUGUCGAGGAAUAGAAAUAUGUGUCGACUGGUUUCGAGCACGAGGUCACAAAGAAAUCACAGUAUUUGUGCCAAAAUGGAGAAAGGAAGCGUCACGGCCAGACAACCCCGUGGCCGACCGUGACGCCCUCGAGCGGCUCGAACGCAGUCGUGUGCUCGUCUACACGCCCAGUCGUCUCCUCGGAGGCAAACGGCUUAUCUGCUACGAUGAUAGAUACAUUCUCAAACUUGCAGCCGAAACGGACGGAAUAGUCGUCUCCAACGACAACUAUAGGGACCUGGCCGCCGAGAGUCCGGAGUUUCGAAAAGUCAUCGAGGAAAGACUCUUGAUGUUCUCCUUCGUUAAUGAUAGGUUUAUGCCGCCCGACGAUCCCCUCGGUCGGUCGGGCCCCACGUUGGACGCUUUCCUCCGUGCGCCACCGUCCCGUGCCGAUCCGCCUCCGGCAUGUCCAUACGGCCGGAAAUGUACUUACGGAAAUAAAUGUAAAUUUCAUCACCCAGAGCGUGCGGGCCGACCACACAAAUCGGUAGCUGAAAAACUGUCGGAACGAGCCGCUCGAAAGGCACGCGACCUGCAUACGCUAAGUCUUCCUCCCAGCGGUCGACCCGCAGACACGAAGAAACCGUUGGCGCGGGCGCAUUCCGCCACGCCCAGACUCGCAGACUCCUCGCUGGUGACGCACUUCGACAGGGCGCAAGUACCCGGUCCCUCGCAGCCUCCGCCCGACCCUAACCCGCACCGCAAGCUCGCCCGACAGCUGACACUCAACCCGGCGUGUGACCCGCGACUUCACGCGUCGGCCGCUCGGGUGUCGUCGGCUCCCGUCGGCGCGGCGGCCGCCUUGGCGCCGCAGAUGGCGGCGGUGUCGCUGUCUCCUUGCGCGUCCGAGGGCGCCCUGCAACAUUGGGAAGCGAGACGACGAAUGCACUUCCAUUUGGCGGGAAUAUUCCCCGAGGCACAAGUAGCCGAGGCGAUGUCCACUUACCCGGAGGAGACGGAUCCGCAGAAGAUGUGUGCGAUAAUUUUAGACAGAUACAGGCCGAGCGAGGCGACGUUACCGCGACCGAACCAUUGACACUUCUUACACAACAUUUGAUGUUCAAUUUUGAGAAAUGUUGCUUGUAAAUAAUUUGCAUCCUAUUUUCAUCUUUAUCUGAUCUAAGAAUUAGACCCGAUUUCUUUUUGAAAUUGAGAUUUUAAAUUCACAAGGUCGAGGAGGCGAGGUAAACGAGGAACUCAAUCGGUAUCGUUGUCGGCUAUUUCUUAUAAGAAGACUAUAUAUAUUAGCAGGAAAUCUAAAUCGUAACCUCAUAAUACAUUCUAAUAUUGUGAAAUUAAUAAUGUAAAUUCAAGACAUAAUCAACGCUUUAGAUUGUAAUAAUGCAAUCAUAUUCUUUGAAAUGCAUAUAAAUGAGGUAAACCUCAUUGAUAUAAGGUGAAAAAUAUGCGACCUUUUUUUGCAAAAGCUUUGCUUUGUUCUAUUAAAAAAAAAUAACGUCGGAUAAGGCAUUUAACUUUGUACAUUCAGUUUAUUGGACAAGCGCUUCUGCGAAGUGUACGUCCUUAUUUAAUUAUUGACUAAGCUUAGAUUUAAGGAUGUACAAAUAAACGGUUCUAAAAAUAUUUACAUACGUCUUACCCCUUACAACAUCUUGACUAAUAACAAAAAACAUGAUAUUUGAGUAAAUUGAUUUAAUUCUCGUAAUAUUAUAUGCAUUGUGGAAAUAGAACUUUAAAAUCAUCUCUAAAAAUAUUAUCCUUUAUAUAUGUCGUCGUUUUACCCUGUUUUGGUUAUCGACGUGAAAGAAACAUUUCCACAUAUAAGACACAUUUAAUAUACGAUUUACUCCAUAGCAUAGCAUACGCUUGGGUGGAAAUCACAUUGCUGAUUUAACUGAAAUUAAAGAAUUCAUUCGUAAGUUAUAAAUAUAUCGAGUGUGAUAUGAGACUAACGUACAUUCUAAACGUAGUGUUAAUUAGGAAAAUAUAUUAGAUAGGUUGUUUUUUUUGUAUUGCAAUAACGUUUAUUUUGUGAUGGUAUAGUUAUAUUUGGUACUGUGUACCAAGUAAAAGGUUAAAUAUCUGAUAGUUUAUUAAUAAUAUAGCUUUUUUAUUUAGAAUUAAGUAAACACUAUUUUUACAUUUUAAAUGAAAACGGAAUGGGACAACGAAUUUUCCAUAUAUCUGUUACAGCAACAUCUGAACUAGACGUUAUAGUAAUGACCAAAUUGAUUAAUAUUAUUUAAUUGAUACGAGCGGGUCAUUCCUGUUGGUACGUUAAAGGUGCUUUAUAAGGCCAGAUAUGAGAUGAUAUCAUAAUAUGUAGUUAUAUUUACACUAUUUGUUGUUUGAUUUUUAUUAAAUUGAACUGUUAAAAAACCUUAAAUGCAAUGCAUCAAAUGUAAGAUAAAUUUUAUCUACUUGUCUAUACUUCAUAUAAUAAUUUUUUUUUAUAUAAUUAUGUGAAGUAUAACAUAUUAUCUUAGUUAUAAUUUUAUACUCAAAUUUUGUCAGUUAUUUUAUAACCUUUAUGUGGUCCUGACGAAGUUUGAUUAUAUAUUACGUACAUAAUUAUAUUAUGAUAAACUUAGGCUAGUACAAUUACUAACAACAACUCACAAUAAUUAUUAUCAAGUCCUGCUAAGUAAUUCCAUUAAGGAAU